AUGAAAGUUAGAGGACACAAUAUGUUUUGGGGAGUACCUAACAAUGUUCCAGAUUGGGUUAAAAAACUGGAUGGCAACCAAUUGAAUAAAACUAUUCAUGAAAGAAUUAAAUUUAUUACUGGCUUAACCAAAGGAAAUUUGGAGCACUGGGAUGUUAAUAAUGAAUUAUUACAUGGUCAAUAUUUUGAAGAGACGACUGGUGAUCCUUUUUAUUCUCAGAACUUAUAUAAAGCUGUUCAUGAAGCUGAUCCACAUGCUAGAUUAUUUCUCAAUGAUUACGAUGUACUCUCUAUGGGUUCAGAGACGGAUUCUUAUGUAGAUCAAGCUCUUGGUUUUGAAGCUGAUAAGACUGGUCUAGGUGGUAUCGGAUUACAAAGCCAUUUUAGAGCAUAUACCCAACCGGAUCCCACAUUACUCAAGAAACAUCUUGAUAAACUGGCUCUGAUUGGUCUACCAUUGUGGAUAACAGAAUUAGAUCUGGAAGUGAAGAAUGAAAAGGCACGAGCUGAUUGGUAUGAAGAUGCUUUAAGAAUGUAUUUUAGUCAUCCAGCGGUACAUGGUGUUAUUUUCUGGGGGUUUUGGGAUCACAAUAUGAAGAGUCCGUAUGCUGCUCUGGUUAAUGGUUUCAACUAUUAUGUCAAUGAAGCUGGUAAACGCUAUUUACAUCUUAUCAAGAAGGAAUGGGCCACGCAUAUUACACAUAAUCUAAGUAAUGGUUCCAGUAUAUCUGAGAGAGCAUUUAUGGGUGACUAUGAGUUAAUUGUACGAUAUAAAGGAAAACCAAUACAAUAUCAAACGUUUACAUUGGCUUUACAUAAAGACGUUAUUGUAACUAUACCAGACAAUCCAGGUAUUUUUUAUCUCCAGUCUUCCAGGGUAUGGCUAGUUAGUUUCAAUGUCUUACCAUUGAGUCGGUAG